AAAUUCAUAUAUACAAUGAAAGUCUCUCUAACUUCGUCGGGAAAAUUUGGCCUGAGGGGUGACGUAAGAAAGAGAUUCAUUCCACUUUACAUUCAUCUUUACCCUUUUACAUAUUUUCUUUCAAUAACUAAAAACACCACCCCUCGCAACCAUUCUAGACUAUGUGUUAAUCUAAACGCCUACUUAAAAGUAUAAUAAACACCUUUUAUAAGGAAACUUUGCUCCUAAAAAGCAAUUAAAUAAUAACAACAUUUAUUAAGGCUGUCAAUAAAUAAAUAAAUUACUUCCUCUUUUUGAGGGGAAAAACAACCGUGUCUACAUUAAAUAUAUUUUGUCAGCAUUUAUCAAUAAAUAAUAAAAAUAUGAAUACUGGCAAUGGGGAUGGUGGAGGGUUCUUUGCGCCGGCUCCGGCUAUGGUUUCUGCAUCCCCGACAGCUCCAAUUCCACAGCAACAAUCAAAACCGAGCAUUACUGGUCAGCAGGAGGCACCGGCAGGACAAGGACAGAGGACACGUAAAGCAAGUAGUACAAGCAAUUUUUUGGGUAAAAUUUUUGUUUUUUCUAAUAAUGAAAAUUAA